GGUCUGACGGGGCAGAUCGUCGUGUCAGUGCGGGUUCCUCUCUGUCUGAAGAAAUGAGCUCUUUACAGUUUAACGCCGUUUUACUCGACAUUUCUAACAACCUGUCUGCCUCGGAGCUGGAACAAAUCAAGUAUUUGUGUAAUAAUGAUAUCGGGAAGAGAGACAUGGAGAAGAUCGACAGCGGGUUGAAACUGUUUCAGUUUCUGACUCAGAGAAACAAACUGGGAGUAGACAACACGGGGCAUGUCUGCGAGCUUCUCCGGACUGUUAAACGACCCGACCUCUCCGAGAGACUCCAAAACUUUGACUGUGAGCCUGAAAACAGCGAGAACCAGCCGCCUGAGCCGGAGAGAGAAAAACUGGGCAUUGCCACGGAGUUGAUCUCAGAGAGUCUGGGAAGAGGUUGGCGCAAACUGGGCCGCAAACUGGGACUGAAAGAAACAAAGUUGGAGUCCAUCUCCCUGAGGCAUCCCACAGACCUGGAGGAGACGACGGUGGAGAUGCUGAAGGAAUGGAGGAAGAGUCGAGGAGCCGAGGCCCGAACAGACGAUCUUAUAAAAGCUCUGAGAGCCUGCGGGUUGAACCUAACUGCCGAUAAAAUCGAGGAGAGACUCAGACGUCAGUGAAGGAUGAUGUGAGCUGGGAUUUUAAUAAUUCAUCUUCAACAGAGUUGUAUUCAGAUCUUUCAAAUAAUGCACAAAAAAUGUUGUGGAUAAAUCAACUUCUUGAUUGUAGAGCUGCACAAGUAUGACAGCGAGAGCGAAUGUUGAAUGGGCUGAUCUAAGUUUUUUUUUUUUCAUGUUUUUGUUCGAAGAUGAAAAAUAAGGGAAUGAACUUGAAUUCUGUUGAUUAAAAAUGAAAAAUAAACCAAAGAGCCUUUUUCAAGUGGAACAAGC